AGAGAUUUUUAUUUAUUAAUUUUGUCCUCGAGACACUAGUAAAAUGUACAAGUUCGCUAUUUUGUUAAUACCGUGUUUCUUAGCUGCUAUCAACCCUGUAGAGUGUGGUAUUCCAAGAUUUCCUACCGACGACGAGGUACUAGAAUCAACUUUCAGAGACUAUCAAAACUAUCUUGGAAUUGGUUACAAAGAUCUCUAUCUGCAACAGUUUUUCGUGUUUGUGGGUGACGAUGUAAAAAGUAGAAAGGCUUUGUUUGAAUACUUUUAUGAGAAGAACAUUGGAAUUGCAUACCGAAACAUUAUAAAUGUAGACCGAUUUAAGACAUUUUUGGCAGUAGUUUCCAAAGCACACGACAAGGACGUAGCUUUCUUCGCUAAAGAAUGUUUAGAAAAAGUAAAACGUCCUCGUGAAACAACAAUUAACGCGACACUAUAAUGUAAAUUAAGAAGAAUUAUUACAUUGUGAAUUCCAAUUAUAUUAUAUCUUGUAAAGACACAUGCACAAAAUAUCACAUUCGCACAACUAUAUAUAUAUAUUGUAUUAUGAUCACGGUUAUAUUAUUAAAUAAAUAUAUCUCCUACACACUGAGGUAGGGUUGAACAUAUAAUUAA